CGCCUCCGCUCCUCUGCUCCACGCCGACGCCUGCCUUAGCCCGCUCGCUCGGCGCCACAGCACGCUCACCGACACGCGCUUGUUGCUUCGCGCGGCGGGCGGCGGAUGGCGUUGGCGCAGGCACGGACAGCUCUGCAUGACAGGAGUGCAGUCAGGUUGCAGGCGAGGGAUGCGCCGGCGCAGCCGGGUGCCGUGUGGCCGCCGUGGACCGGCCGGCGCGGCGAGGAGAGAAGGGCCGCAGGGGCAAAAAGGUCGGCCGCGCUGGCGGAGGCGAGAUGCGACGGCAGCAGCAGCAUGCAGAGGCGUCGCAGCGGGCCGCGCAGCCGAGUUGCGGAACGGCACCGGGGCGCGGCGCGGUUGUUCCGCCCGGCCGCACCUCGCUCGCUUUUUCGUGCUCGUCACAUGGCUCGGCCUCGGCAUCCUGCGCCCCUGCGCUCCCAUGCUGCGUGCCUCGCUUGCUGCGAUGCUGCGAUGCCCGCAGUCGUGCCGCCAGCAGAGCAGCUCAAGCCGCGCCUUGCUGCGCCGAGGAAGCUCGCCGCGGCCGGGAGCGGCGUCUGCCGACUGCAAGCGUCCGCACGGCGGGUGCUGUGCAGCGCGUGAGCUGCUCGCGCUGGCGCUGGCGUCUCCGUCCGGGGCGAGAGCGCCUCGAAUCAAGCGCCGCUGGCGGUGCCGCGAGAGUUUGGCAUGCAGCGAGCAGCGCAAGGUGCCUCUGCCUCGCAUCAAGCCCCCCCACCUGAGCUGAGUAAUCCAGCGUCUAGGCGCCGCGAGUUAGCGCUCAGCGCUAG